CGUGCCCUUCUUGCUUCCUCACCACCACCACUUUCCACGCGCCUCCACGCUGCAAGAUGGACCCUGCUUGGCAUGCCGGCCAGGCUUCAGCCUCUGCGUCUAGCUCGGGCCCGGGCCGCGCCGCGCCAAUGCAGCCUCACCUCCCGCACCCUGCCCAUCGCAGCGACGCCCAGCGUGCCGUGCCCGCGCCGUACCAGCAGAUCCCUCAGUAACCCGAACACUUCUACGCGCCCUACGGCGCCUCGCACUGGCAAAUCGCUCAGCAACAGUUCGCGUGGCGGCGCGAGGACGACGAGCGGCGUCAGGCGCGCGAGCGCGCCGACCUGCAGCGUCAGCACCAGCACCAGCAGCUGCUUCAGAUGCAGCAGCAGCAGCAGCAGCAACUUCAGAUGCAGCAGCAGCAGCACGCCGACGAACUUUUUGAGCGCGAGCGUCGCGAGGCGUUGUGGCUACAAGCAUGGCCGUCGCCAUGGCAGCAGCAACAGCCGCCGCCGCACUUCAGCGAUGGUGCGUGGCAGGCGCCUGUCUACCACCAGGAUCAGCCUGCCUCGGCGGCUCGCGCGCCGGGACAGGGCGACUGGGAGCCUCAGCCUCAUCCUCAACACUCUGCGUCGCGUCCUGGGCAGCAUCCGCCACUCUCGACGGAUUCAGAGCCGCUGCACUGGUCGCCGGGCUGCUCCGCUCCCGACUCGCCUUCGCGCUUUCAAGAGCCGCCGCCCGACACGCGUGCUUCACCACCGAUCGCUUCGCCUGAGCCGUACCCUCGUUUCGAAGAGCUGGCGUCGUCAUCGAGCGCCCGGCAGAUGGAAUCGCAACAUCCAUCGGUGCGCCACGAGCCGCAGCCGCAAAACGUGGCGCCCGAGUCGUCCAUCCUGGGCAAGCGAGCCAGCGCAGAUGAAGACGGAGCUGUGGAGGAACAGCGGCGCAAGUUCCACCUUUGCCUGACGUUCCUCUCCUUCCCACAGCACCUGCCUCCGAAGCCUAACGUGAUGAUUCGCACCAGCCGAGGCGCUCCAAGCUACCCGCUGCCGUACUCUCAAGACCGCUUUGCUUUCAAAGAAGCCGGCGCGUCAUCGUCAGGUGAUGCUAGCCAUCACGAAGCCAAGCCUGCGUCGCCGAAGCCAAGUCUUGUGGCGGAUGAUCCGGCGCGCAAAAUGGCGCAAGACUCGGGGAGCGAGGCGAUGGGCGAAUCGGAGGACGAGGCGACGAGCGAGUCGGAGGACGAGGCAACGGGCGAUGCGGACAAGUAG